GUUUUCAGCUUUAUGUAUUAUUUAUUCAUUAUAUGUACAACAAAACCUGUAAAAUUCAAUCAUACAUACAAAAUGUACACAGACACAAACAAUGACAGGACAAACAGAGACAUUUAAUAUUUACCACAAAAUAUUUCCUUUCCGGGACACCCUGGAGAAAUGCAAUUGCUUUCGUCUUGCCUUGUGAAAUGCUUGGAUGAGAGUGCUUAGGUAAAAAUCGUGUCGCAGGGAAAUGAUACUUGUCACGUGUCUGUCAUUUAAAUGGUCAGUGUUUUUUUUAUUCAUACGUCACAUACACGUCUUAGGUUUGACGCGACCAUGGCACGAGCGGGGCUCGAACUCACUUUAACAACACUCAAUCACCAACAUUUAAACGAUAACGUACAAGAUUUAUGUCAGUAAAUCAUCUUUUUAUAUUGUAAUUUGUGUAUGCAAAUGAUGCAAAGAUUUUUCAAUUUCUCGCAAAUUUUCCUAUUGAUAUUUAUAACAAGAAUAUUUUCAUACAUACAGUGUAUUGCGCACGCAAAUUUUCAUUCUGUUGUUUUUAAAUAUUUCGCAAAUUUGAUCUAUAUUUUAUCACAACAUCUCCUAUCCUGCUUACUGUAUAAUAUGAGUUAAUACUUCCCCACGGGACGUAAAACAACGUUAACCAAUCAAUCGUCUAGCACAAGUUGUAAUCUCGAGGGGAGUCGAGAUAAGACAAACUAGGAUGCUUUUAAACGUAGAAAAUAUAGAAUAAAUGUACAAAUCAUAAUUUCAAUCAAUGAAAUUAUCAAAUAACAUCAGUUUGACACUAUUAUCACAGUCGUGAUCAGAUAUAUACACGGACAUGGAUAAUAUAAUACAAAUACAGCAGAAUUUCCUCAUUUAUUUCAUGAUAUUUUAUGUCUUAAAUGCACUUUUAAGUACCCUGAGACAUUUCCACGAAAAAUUUGUGACUGCGAACUUAGUGUAAAUUAAUCACACGCGAAAAAGAAACUACGUCUACAGUUGUUUACGUCACACGGGUUUUUAUAUACAGCCAUUCUAAAUACAUUACCCUUGUUAGUUUGAAAACAAAACAAAACAUUUUUAUUGUCACACCGAUAUUUCAUUUCAUUAUUUUGUAUAAAGAAUAUUCUUAGUUAGAAAAUAAAAUCUUCGAAAAUCUUUAUCAAAUGACAAAAACGUCAGCAGACAAUUUACCUGUAUCGUCCGCCCCAACAGACGAAAUAAGAUAUCGUCCAUUGGAAAAUCUACCCUGCAAUCCACGUGUGUUUAAAGCAGUAUAUAUGGACGACUGGGUCGUCUUAUCUUCGAAAACUAUUUUUAAACUUCUAAUCAUAAGUACUGAACGUGGAAUAUUACGCUCGGAAAAAAUUGCUUUAUUCCUUGGAACAAAAACUCACUUUCAUCUGACUUUGUUUUGAUUGGUCAGUUGCUGGCGUGACAUUCGCAUCUCUCAGCUAUGGAUCUCUCCAAAAUCGAGUUUGGGGUUUUCAUGAAAAAAGAGUGUUUCCAUUUUGAGGAGGGUUUUACUUAUGUAAAUCACGGGGCGUAUGGAGAGGUUCCUCUGAAGAUCCGGGAUAAACAAAAACAAUUACUAGACGUCCUUAAUGAUAACCCAGGUGUGUUCUAUCGACAAACAAACAAACAACUUUACAACGCAUCCAUAGACGCUGCAGCCAAAUUUUUAGGAGCGGAUCCAGCAAAUUUGGUCUUUGUACAAAAUGCCACAACAGGAGCGAACACGGUCUUGAAAUCGUUUCCAUGGCAGAAAGGUGACGAGAUUUUGGCGUCGACAUACACGUACAAAGCAGUGGAGUAUGCAUGCAGGAAGGUAGCCGAGUUUUCUACAGGAGGACACAUUCAUCAGUUUGAGAUACGCUUUCCCAUCAAGGACGAAUCAGAGGUUGUUGAUAGUAUGACGUCAUUUCUGGAUAAACAUCCCCGAAUCAAACUCGUAGUUCUAGAUCAUAUAACGAGUCCAACAGCUCUUGUGUUUCCUGUGAAGAAAAUGAUAACAGAAUGCAGAAAACGCGGGGUUUUGGUUUUAAUAGAUGCUGCACACGCACCAGGGCAACUUGAGAUAAACCUGGAACAACUUGAUCCCGACUUCUAUACGGGAAAUUUCCAUAAGUGGGUGUUUACACCUCGAGGGUGCGCGAUUCUCUGGAUUCGAAAGGACCACCAGAGCUGGUGUACUCCCCUUGUGACGUCACAUAUGUAUAAGAAGGGGAUUCAGUCGGAAUAUCGUGUUCAAGGAACACGUGAUGACAUCCCAUACUUCCUGGUACCAGAUUCUAUUCAGUUUUAUCAAGACGUGGGCGGAAGGGACAAGAUCGUCCAAUACACAAAAACCCUUCUGGACAAGGCCAGCGUGUUGAUAGCAGAGAGACUGAAAACAGAAGUACUACAGAUUCCCAAGUCUAUGGAAGCGCCUGGCAUGAGGCUCGUUUUGUUACCAGAAUUUGAGGGAUAUGAGAAGAACUGGGAAGGCUCUAAAAACCUUUACAUGGAUAUAAUGAACAAAUACAAAAUUAACUGUGCCAUUUACCCGGUACAGGACGAGCUUUAUCUGCGACUCUCUGCUAACAUUUACAACCACAUGGCAGACUACGAAAAAAUAGCGGACCUUCUGUGCAAACUUACCAGGAAUAGAUAAAAGACAUUUUCAUUGAUA